CAUUUAUUUGAUGAGCCCUUGUCAUAUUUAUAUUAUUUUAAUUAUUUAAUUAUUAUUAUUACUUCAGCUGUUUUUGUAUUGUACAUGCUACAACAGUACAGAUUAAGCCCUUAGAUUAUCGUUGUUUGAAACACAAGCUACUGACCAAUCAAAACAGAGGGUGUGGCCAAACAGUUUUGAAUGGUGGAAUAACCAUACUGAAAGCAACAAAUUAAAACUGACAACCACGGCGAAAAGGAUAUUUGCAGGAGGAGUAAAUGUUGCAAAAGCAAAACGAUGUAUCGUUUAAGGCGUUGCAAAGCAUAGUUUCUAUGUAUGAAGAUGCGUUUGUCACUCUGUAAAAAGUACUUUUGUCUGCAUGUAUAUAAUUUAAGUUUGCGCAAUGUAAAAUAACAGCACUUCAUUUGCAACAAUGCGGCACAAAAAUUGCCAAUCAAAUGCCACAGAAUUCAAUAGGAUAUUUUUAACAAAGGAUAUAAAUUAACGUGCAGGAUUAGUUUCACUUGGGAAGUCGUUGCAUAUUAUACGGUCUGUACGCUGAACCGGAAGUUCAAUAACGGCCAAAAUGAACAAUGCAAAUAACGAUAGAAAUAUGUGCACUAUAAUGGGAGCUUCAAAGAAACCCCGUAGUGGCAUUUUAAAUAAGUCCUUUAAAGUGACUACUAUGCCGGCAGCGCCUAAAGGUGCUAACCGUGUGCCAAAGUGUGCGCGUUGCCGCAAUCAUGGCAUCAUCUCCGAGCUGCGUGGCCACAAGAAACUAUGCACCUACAAAAAUUGUAAAUGUGCUAAGUGCGUGUUAAUAUUCGAACGACAACGUAUUAUGGCGGCACAGGUUGCCCUGAAGCGACAACAGGCGGUGGAGAAUGCCAUUGCCCUGCGACUGAUGGCCACCAAGACGGGCAAACAAAUCGAUGCACUGCCAGAGGGACAAAUCUUUGGACUCUCCACUAGCGUCUUAAGUGAGUGCGCAGAGGGGGGUGAUGCAGUGGACAGGCAACUGCCAGCACAGCGUCAAAUGAAGCCACAUCAAAUACAACAGAUGGCUGAGGACCUGAGCACAACGUCCAGUUGUGGCGUUAGUUUGAGUCAUGAGGCAACAACUACUUCGAAGUGCUCAACUACGCCUCCUCCGCCAAUGGUUGUCUCGCAGAGCGCUAUCGACAUGUUGGCGCAACUUUUUCCGCACCGCAAACGAGCUGUGUUAGAGUUGAUACUGAAACGUUGUGACUUGGAUUUGGUACGCGCUAUUGAGAGCAUGACACCAGCAAUGAGUAGCUCAUUAACCGAAACAACAACAACUGCCACGACUAGUGCAACAAUUGCCACAACAGCAGCAGCAAAAGCAACGCCCAUUCGUAGCGCUUUCAAGCCAGUCACAGCGGACUUAUACUCUCACAAAUCGGCAUUAACAAUGGGUAGUGUUAGCGCCUCCACCGGUUCGAAUGCCGUUCCGACGAUCUGCGCUUACCCCAAAUGGUUUGUACCGCUCUCCUUCCCUGUCACAAUGGGUCAUCUAUCGAACUUGGCACCGCGCUGCACCCUGCCCAAUUGCACCUGCAUGGAUACGUAUCAAUUCAAUUGAUGCCGUCCACAUGAACUUCCUAUCAAUAAAAUAUAAUUUAAUUAGGCUACCGUGCAUUUUUAUUAUUAAUUUUAUUAAUUACUUUUUAUUAUUGAAUAAAUAUUACCUUUGUUGCUAGUGUG